AUGGACCUCCAGGAGACGCAGAGAAUCACCCUUGAAUACCUCCAUGUCCUAGCAGACCAGUUCCGGCGCGUUCCUGGCUCAGCCAUUGUCCUCCGAUAUAUCAAGUCGAGCUAUCAGAACGACCCUGUCCGCUCGGCCGUGGAGCUUUUCCUGUUCCUUUUCGCAGUGAGAUAUCUUCUUGCGCCGAAAUAUUCGACUAAACGUGACUUUGUGCCGCUUUCAGAGGAGGAAAUCGAUGAUUUGGUAGACGAUUGGACUCCAGAACCACUGGUCUUGCCUUCGACCGCGCAAGAUGAAGAAGAUGUUGAGAAACGAGUUGUGCUUACAGGCCCUACCGGUCCAAAAUCUAAGCUCGUGAACGGACGAACUGUUACGAACCUUGCCUCGUAUAACUUCUACAACUUCGUUGCGAAUGACACUCUGAAGGAGAAAGCCAUUCAGACAGUUCGAACUUAUGGAGUCGGUCCGUGUGGACCCCCCGGAUUCUACGGAACCCAAGAUGUGCACAUGCGCACUGAAGCUGACGUUGCUACAUUCCUCGGUACUCCCGCCUGUAUCAUCUAUUCUCAGGCCUUUUCGACGAUCUCUAGUGUUAUUCCUGCAUUUUCCAAACGUGGUGAUAUCAUAGUUGUGGAUAAGGGAGUUAACCAUGCUAUUCGGAAAGGUAUUCAGAUCUCAAGAAGUACAGUGAGGUGGUAUGAACAUAAUGAUAUGGAUGACUUGGAACGUGUUUUGAGCAAAAUUACCAAGGAGCAGGCAAAGAAGCCGUUGACCCGGAGAUUCAUCAUAACGGAAGGGUUGUUCCAGGAUAGGGGUGACAUGUGUGACUUGCCUAAGAUCGUCGAGUUGAAACUUCGAUACAAGUUCAGACUUAUCCUGGACGAGAGUGUCUCCUUUGGAGUACUUGGCCGUACUGGCCGUGGUAUCACCGAGCACCAGAAUGUCGACCCAGCAGAAGCUGAUAUGAUUAUUGGUUCAUUGUCUGGAGUGUUCAUUGGCGGUGGCGGCUUCUGUGCCGGAUCCAAAGAAAUCGUCAACCACCAGCGCAUCUCUGCCUCAGCCUACUGCUACUCUGCUGCCCUGACUGCUUUGCUAGCCACGACGGCAAGUGAGACUAUAGCGUUGCUGCACAAUAGCCCCGAGCUCAUCGUUCAGCUCAGAGAGAACAUCAAGGCUAUGUGGACCCAACUCGAUCCUCGCAGUGACUGGGUGUACUGCACCAGCGCCCCAGAAAAUCCUGUCAUGAUACUCGUGCUAAAGCCCGAAGUGGUUUCGUCCAAACGCCUCACCAUCGAAGACCAGCAUCACAUCUUACAAGAGAUAGUUGAUGAGACGCUAGCCAAUGGUGUGCUUAUCACCCGUCUCAAACCUGUUCCUGACGAGACUAUCUCUAAACAGAACCAUAUUCCCCCUGCCCCUGCCCUUAAGGUUUGCAUUACCACCGGCUUGUCCAAGAAGGAGAUCGAGAAGGCCGGCAUCGUCAUCCGUCAUGCCAUCACGAAGAUUCUUCGACAAAAGCGAUGA